AUGCCGAGUGGUGCGAAAUGCAGGACACGUGAUGCUCAGCUGCUGAACCGUUACUCGCUCGGUGUGACUGAUGCUGGCGCCUCCGACGGAAACUGUCAGGACUCUGCUAUGGCGCUGGGGGUUUACAGCCGUUGCCUGCAACAGGUGUCAGAGCCUAAGGCAGCCCAGCACACUGAAGCAAUGGCCGCAACCGGCAUUAUUUCGCCCAACAUGGACCUUUGGCUCUCGUAUCUGAACUUCUCAAAGCGACAUCAGACCUUGGAAGAAGUCCUGCGCUCCUAUGGCAGAGCCAUUGACCUUUUGGGCAGUGACUGGAGGGCUGCUCCAGUGUGGUCAGACUACCUCGCCCUGCUGAAACACGCAUACAACUUGAAGCAAAAGAAGGAGAAUCCCGAUGCAGAGCUGCAAGGGAAGCUCUUGGCAGAAGAUCCCAAUCCCAUUGACACGGCCAAACGGAUGCUCAAGAAGGAGCUGAAGCAAAAGCAGGAAGAGUCUGGCCGAGCUUCAGCUGAUAUCUCUGACGCCGAAUUCCUGCGAGUCUCCGAAGUUCUGAAGAUCGAUACGGACUUUGUGCGGAAGGUUUUUCAGAGAUGUGCUGGAGCGUCACAUAGCACAAUGGACAAACUCUGGGUGGGCUAUGAGCAGUUCGAAAAAUCUCAGGGCAAUCCUGCGAUGGCAGCAAAGUACAUGUCUGAGCACUUGCCUCGCUACGUGAAAGGAAAGGCGGCAUAUAAGGAGCUUAGUCAACUUGGCGCCAAUAUGGACUUCUACGCGGUGGCGGUGCCUUUGACUCCCAAAACCGAGUUGGAGCAGAGGAAAACGUUUGACCAGUGGCGGGCCAUUUUGCGCUUCGAGCGGACCAAUCCCUUGCAGCUGGACACCGAAGAGCUGACCGCGAGAGUGGCGCUGGUGUACCAGCAGGCAUCGUUAGCUUGCGGCUUCUUUCCAGACCUGUGGUAUGAUUUCUCAGCAUGGCUAGACCUCGGUAAGAAACAAGAAGAAGCAACUGAAGUUUUGCGGAAGGCUGUUCAGCGGUUCCUACCCAAGGAUCUCACGUUGCGGUUGCUGCUGGCUCAGCGGUAUGAACUCGGGGAGAGCCCACUGCCGGGUAGUCAGCUAGAGGCUGCAGAUGAUGCAUAUCGGAAAUUGAUGGAUGAUAUGCCUCGGCCCUGUCCAUUGGCACUCAUCAACUUCCUGGGCUAUGUCAGAAGGCAACGCGGGGCCAAUGAUUUCCGUGAUACCUUCCUGGAAGCCACGGAGUCAUCACCACAUUGCACUUGGGAGGUCUAUGUGUUUGCAGCCAUGACCGAGUACCAUGUCUAUGGCGCAGUCGAGGCUGCGGCGGGGGUUUUCCGUUUGGGCCUCGAACGCUACGGUGACCGAGAGCCAUCGCUUCUCGCUGCCUAUGUGAAUUUCCUCAUAGGCUGCAACGACUUGCGCAGCGCACGGGCAGAGCUCACCCAAGGUGUCCUGGACAAGCUGCAGCAGGCAGUCAGGGACAAACUCGCCAACCGCGAAGAGAGCCGAGCAAUGAGGGAAAGCUUGGCCUUUUUGUGGCAGAAGUGGGCCAGGCUCGAGAACUAUUUUGGCGAUGCCGAAGCGGAUCAAGUAGUGGCUGAUGCGGAGGCAGAGAAUCAGCGCUUGGGUGCUGCGCCUGCUGUUGGCUUCUCCUCCCAAGUGGCGCGGAAGAUGUUGGCCUUCAAGCCCGCGCUGGACGUGGUCAGCAGCAGAAAGCGGCAGGUGGAAGGAAUUCCAACGGAGCGCCGGGGCGCUCAACUCCCAGUGAUGAUCCCCAAGUGCUUACAAGAUUUGUUGGCGGUGCUGCCCUCCAGGCCAAUGAAGGGUGCAAAGCCGGAUGUGGACUACCUGCUCACGGUUCUGCAGACGGUGUCGAUCCCACCAGUUCCUGUUAAGGAAUUGGACACCUUCCGCUAUGAUAGCUUGCGGCUCCUGAAGAGCGAGGAGGACUUGGGUCGACCGAUUGCUUAG